GCAUUUGUCUGCCUUGUCCAGGUGUAAGCAUGAACAUUCAGCCCAUGUAUCUGGCAGAAAGUGCCCCAAAGAAACUCAGAGGAGCUGUGGCCUUGACCUCUGCAUCAUUUACAGCCCUGAGGUUGGUGCUGUGUCAGGUUGUUGGACUCAAGUAAUGUAGAGCUAGAAGACCAGUUUAUACUUACUCUUCUCCAUUUUUUUUUCUUUUUUUUUCUUUACUACCCCUCUUUUUUCUUUCUUUUUGAGUGUCCACAUGCAGCAGAGGAUGCUGGGCUCUUGCCAGGUUGUAAAAUGUACUGUGCAAAUCAUGUUGGUUUGUUUGUUUUUGUUUUUUUUCUCUAGGGAGCUACUAGGAGGGGAGGAGAGCUGACCAUUCCUUUUAGCUAGAAAUGUGGUGCCUGCCCUGAUCCAGCUCAUGGCUCUGCCUUGGUUCUCUGAAAGUCCCAGAUACCUCUUGAUUGACCAUGGAGAUAAAGAAUCCUGCUUCUCUGAAAAUGAGCUACAAUCUCUUCCUCCUGGCUUUUGUCCUGGGCAUUGGUGGAGCUUUCCAGUAUGGGUUGCAGGUCUCCAUUAUCAAUUCUCCUGCUGAGUACAUCAAAAGUUUCAUCCGUGAGACCUGGCUGAAGAGAUACAGCUUUUCUCCCAGCGAAGACAUGAUUACUUUGAUGUGGUCCUUUGUUGUGUCCAUUUACAGUAUUGGUGGGCUUCUGGGGUCCCUGUCUGCUGGAUAUUUGUCUGUUAGAUUUGGAAGGAAGAAAGCCAUGCUGUUCGCCAAUAUCCCUGCUCUGCUGAGUGCAACUCUGAUGGGACUUAGCCGGCUGUGUGGAUCCUUUGAGAUGAUCAUUGCUGGAAGAUUAUUUUCUGGAGUGUGUGGAGGCUUAGCUCUGAAUAUCCAUCUCAUGUAUGCUGGGGAAUGUGCCCCACGGAAGCUCCGCGGCCUGAUUGCCAUAACAGCUUCUACUGCCACUGCUGUCGGAAAGUUUGUAGGAUUUGCUCUGGGUCUCAGAGAAGUUCUCGGAGUAGAUGCUCUCUGGCCUGUUCUCAUGGCAGUCAAUGCGCUUCCCGCCCUCUUUCAGCUUCUCACCCUCCCCUUCUUCCCAGACUCUCCCCGCUACCUGCUCAUUGACAAAAAGGACAAAGAGGGAUGCAUCAAAGCUGUGAAGCAGCUCUGGGGAGAUGGUGACCAUAUGGCCGAAAUAGAUGACAUGAUGGCAGAGCAGGAAGCCAUCCGUGGGGAGAAGGCUAAGAGCGUUUGUGAUCUUUUUCGUGACAAAGCUGUCCGUUGGCAGCUCAUCACUCUCUUCCUUGUCGCCUCCUGCAUGCAGUUAAUUGGUGUCAAUGUGGUUUACUUUUAUGCAUACAGUGUCUUUAUAAAGGCUGGAAUCCCCCCUGCUCAAACCCACUAUGUCUCCCUGGGAGUUGGGAUCACCGAGAUCCUCACCACAGUUCUGUGUGGUUUCCUAAUUGAGCGUGCAGGGAGGAAGACACUGCUGUGGAAAAGCUACACUGUUAUGGCCUUGGCUUUAGGGCUCCUCACAGUCACGCUUUCACUACAGGAUUCCUUUUCCUGGAUACCAUACUGCUCUGUUGCACUCAUCUUUAUUUUCAUCAUGAGCUUUGGCAUUGGGCCAGGAGGUAAAACUUCAUUUCAUAUUGCAUUCCUACAUGCCUUCCUCCUGAAGAGCCAAGCAGCACCUCAAACACUUCCAGCUGGAGUAUUAUGCCCCUUGCCCACAGAAAUAUUUAUUCAGUCAUACAGACCAGCUGCUUAUGUUUUUAAUGGUGCUACAAACUGGAUCCAACUAUUCAUCCUUGGACUUUUGUUCCCUUUCAUUGUGGAAGGUCUUGGUAGUUUCUCUUUCAUCAUUUUCCUGACAUACUGUCUGUCCAUGGCUAUCUUUGUCUUCCUGGUGAUGCCAGAGACCAAAGGAAAGACCAUGCUGCAGGUCAUGGAGGAGUUCAACCGCCUGAACUACCGUGGAAAGAAGAGACAGACAGCCCUACAGCAGAGUAACUGCUCAGUGAUGACUGUUACUAGACUUUAAUAACAAACUCUCCACUCCAUAUUUUGCUGUUUUAUUACUGUAGUGCCCAGAAGCUUCACUAAGCAAGAGAGAAUCCAUUGCUCCACAAACAGCACAAAUGUGUAUUUUAAAAAUAAUCACCUGCAGUGUAGGAUGCAGGAUGAACUUGGUCGUUCUCUCCAACUGCUGAAAUAUGAGCCAAAUUAAAUCGUCUGCAGAAAAAAAUUAAACAUAGUGUAUAAAGAAAUAAGAUCUUUGUCAGUCCCUGCAAGUUAGCAGCUGUGUAAACAGAAAACACAGGAUCUGCUAAUUUUCUUACCAAAACCAGGACUCCACAGCUACUGGAGGAAGUGAGUGUGGAAGGUUCAAAUGUACAGCAUACUUGUGAAACUGAGAGAAGGCAGCAGAGUUUUCACGUUGAAAUUAUCUGCUCCUUUUAACACGUCAGUGCUGCUGAGCUUUCCCAGAGAAGGAGCUUCAGUCCAGGUGAAAAGAAGUGUUUAGCUCUUUAAUCCAAUGGAAGAAGAGUAUCUUGCCUAUCAGUAGGCAGAACUGGUAUGCAAUGUUCCUCCCUCUUACAAUUAGACUUGAGACCAAGUACAUGGUAUAGGGGCAACUAGGACAUUCUUGAAGAGCUUAUGACCAUAAUUCUGUGACCUGGAGCAAGGUCUUCACCCUUUGUUUUUGGAGAGGGGGCAGGGGGAACUCGUUGCUACAUCUGAAGAAAAAAGGUGUAAAGGAGGUAUAAAGUCCUGGUGUAAAGGAGACACUAUGCUAGAGAAGCAUCCCAGCAUAACCUGUCACCUCAAGCCAAACGUCUUGCUUGGUAAUUGCCUAGAUUUUGGAGAUUCUUCUAUUGGGACAAAUGUGGAUAUGUCAGCACUGAAAGAAAGCAUGAGCAAAGAAAGCAGAGCUGCAGGAAAUCAUGAGUGGGCUAAUCCACAGUGGGCAGGUUCUCCUUCUCCAUUAGCAAUAACUAUGUAGCAUGUCUUCAGCCUGGAGUUAUUUCAUGUCAGAGAGAAGGAACACUGGGUUUCAAUGGAACUGAGUUCCCACGAGUUAACUGGUACUGAUGAGACAAAAAAGAGUGGUGCCUUUCCCAGAGAACCCAGUCUGUAAGUCUGAGGGUUUGCUUCUCUUUCCAGGUCUCUGAAUAGUCCACAUUUUCAUUACAAAACAUGAUGAAAAGGGCUUCAUUUUUUGUGUUCAUUGCUAUAUGACGUGACACACUCUUGCUCUUCUUCAUGCUUUGCAGUUUACUGAUAAGGAAAUAAAAAAGCAGUGACUAGGAAAACACAUCCUACUGAUCAUGCCUGCAUUUGGUUUUCAUUGAUUGAAGAGUCAGGGACACAGGAGGGCCCAUCUUCUGGGAGUGUGUUAUUGGGGUCAGGGAAUAUUGUGUCUGUCUUGUUCUGGAAAUGAGAUCUUCACUAUUGACUGUUGCAGAUGCUGCACAAUAAAAUUUGCAAAAGGACCUGAA